GGCACUUUUAAGUCUGAUGAAGAUACUUGUAUUUAUAUUAUAUUAUUUAUAUUUUUACGUUAUUAAAGCAUAGGACCUGUGUUCUCUUUCUACCACUGGCCUUGCAGUAGCAGAAGCAUUUAAUCUGCGUGCCCCCUUCUUGCAACCACUUCCCUUUCCCUGUUCUUACUGUCUUUGUCCCUGGGAUUUCCCAUGAACUUGCAGUUUCAUAAACAAGUCAGCUUGAUUAAACCCACUGUUCACGAAGCUUUAUUCAUAAAGUGAUCGCUGGUCCCCUCAAAUCUUGAUUCCUUUUAGGGUUUGUAGUUACAACCACACGUCACUUGGAGUGAACGGCUCAGCUGCAGCGAAUGGCUGUGACAUCAAAGCUUUGGGUGGAGGUGUAAAGGCAUCCAGGGAUUUGGACGUCAGCCCACACUGAGCCGACCCAGUAGAACCCAGUAGACUCCAGUGAAGAUCUGGCUGCAUCGGCAGAAAUGGCUCCAGCAGCCAUGUCUGUGCCUCCAUCCUCUCUCACCUCGCUCCGCCCCUCUCGCCUCUCCUCAUCCCUCCUCAUCCUCUUCCUUUCUUUCUUUCUGUUCCUGUCAUGUCCUGGAUCGGUCCAUGCAGGCUCUUCAGAGAAAAACUGUUCAGCUAGUGGAGAUGUCUGUCAGGAAGGAGUGGUACUUCCCGUGUGGAACCCUCAGAACCCCUCUGUAGGGGACAAAGUGGCACGGGCCAUUGUUUACUUCGUAGCACUCAUCUACAUGUUCCUGGGCAUGAGCAUUAUAGCGGACCGAUUCAUGUCGUCCAUAGAGGUCAUAACCUCCCAGGAGAAGGAGAUCACCAUAAAGAAGCCGAAUGGUGAGACCACCACGGCCACGGUCAGGAUCUGGAAUGAGACCGUUUCUAAUCUCACUCUAAUGGCCUUGGGUUCUAGUGCCCCGGAGAUACUGCUGUCUGUUAUUGAGGUGUGCGGCCACAAUUUUGAGGCUGGAGCCCUGGGUCCCAGCACAAUUGUGGGAAGUGCCGCAUUCAACAUGUUUGUCAUAAUCGCCCUGUGUGUGUACGUGGUUCCCGAUGGAGAGACACGCAAAAUCAAACACCUUCGGGUGUUUUUCGUCACGGCAGCAUGGAGUAUCUUUGCCUACAUCUGGCUCUACUUAAUUCUGAAUGUCUUCUCGCCUGGAGAAGUGGAGGUAUGGGAGGCUGUGCUGACCUUCCUCUGCUUCCCCCUGUGCGUGGUCCAGGCCUGGGUGGCUGACCGCCGCCUCCUCUUCUACAAGUAUGUCCGCAAGCGUUACCGUGCCGACAAGAACCGUGGCAUCAUCAUUGAGACUGAGGGAGGGGCAGACGGAGGGAUUGGAGGCAUGGACGGAGGAGGAGGGGGUGGAGCCCUGGGUCCGGGUGGGUUCACCAAGAUGGACAUGCUGGAGCUGGACGGACAGAUGGCAUUGAACUGUCACAGCGGGAUGGAUGGAGGGCUGAUGGAAGAGGGCGGAGCAAAGGACGAGGAGGAUGAGGCCAGGAGGGACAUGGCGAGGACACUGAAGGAGCUGAAGCAGAGGCACCCAGAUAAAGACAUGGAGCAGCUGAUUGAGAUGGCUAAUUAUCAGGUUCUGAUGCAGCAGCAGAAGAGCAGAGCGUUCUAUCGUAUCCAAGCGACCAGGAUGAUGAUCGGAGCCGGCAACAUCCUCAAGAAGCACGCCGCCGACCAGGCUCGCAAGGUGGUGAGCAGCCAUGAGACCCAGGCCCAGGAGGACGACCCUCACACCAUCAGGAUGGAGUUUGAACCCUCUUUGUACCAGUGCUUUGAAAACUGUGGCUCCCUGAAACUGACUGUUGCCAGACACGGAGGAGACCCUGGAGUUACUGUCAAGGUGGAUUACCGCACAGAGGACGGUACAGCAAACGCAGGUUCAGAUUAUGAGUUUGCUGAGGGAACACUGCUGUUUAAGCCCGGAGAGACCCUCAAAGAGAUCACAGUCGGAGUGAUUGAUGACGACAUCUUUGAGGAGGAUGAGUAUUUCUACGUGCACCUCAGCAACCCUCGCGUGGUUGGUUAUCCUGAGAUCGGCACCGUCCCUCUGGAUGCUAGUGCCACACCCAAAGCCGUGCUGGGUGACAACCACACAGCCACAGUGACCAUCUACGAUGACGAUCACGCAGGUAUCUUUACCUUUGAGAGUGCAAGUCAGAGGGUGAGUGAGAGCGUAGGUGUGAUGGAGGUGAAGGUGCUCAGGACUUCAGGAGCCCGAGGCCUGGUAGCCGUCCCCUAUCGAACCGUGGACGGCACCGCUAAAGGAGGGGAGGACUACGAGCUGGCUGCUGGCAAACUGGAGUUCCAGAACGACGAGACUAUGAAGAUCAUCGAGGUGAAGAUUAUUGAUGAUGAAGAGUAUGAGAAGAACAAGACCUUCACCAUUGAGCUGGGAGAGCCGGUUCUGUUGGAGAUAGGACAGAAACAUGGUGACUCCAAUGAGAACAAGCCGUUGGUGGGAGCAGAGGAGGAAGAGGUGGCUAAGAUGGGCUGUCCCAGUCUGGGUGAGCACACACAACUCGAAGUGAUCAUAGAAGAGUCCUACGAGUUUAAGGGAGCAGUAAAUGCGCUUCUUAGGCGGGCUGAAAAGAGUACGGUAGAUAAGCUGAUCAAGAAAACAAACCUAGCCCUGGUGGUGGGAAGCAGCAGCUGGAGAGAACAGUUUGUCAAUGCCGUUACUGUCAGUGCAGGAGAUGACGACGAGGAGGAGAGCGGCGAGGAGCGGCUGCCGUCCUGCUUCGACUACAUCAUGCACUUCCUCACCGUCUUCUGGAAGGUUCUGUUCGCCUUCGUCCCGCCCACUGAGUACUGGAACGGCUGGGCCUGCUUCAUCGUGUCGAUAUCACUCAUCGGCGUCCUGACAGCGGUCACCGGCGACCUGGCAUCACACUUCGGCUGCACAAUAGGACUGAAGGAUUCGGUGACCGCUGUGGUGUUUGUGGCGCUGGGAACAUCAGUGCCAGACACAUUCGCCAGCAAAGUCGCUGCCAUCCAGGACCAGUACGCCGACGCCUCCAUUGGCAACGUCACAGGCUCCAAUGCUGUCAAUGUCUUCCUGGGCAUUGGCGUGGCGUGGACCAUCGCAGCCAUCGCCUGGCGCACUGAAGGCAAGCCAUUCAAGGUGGACCCGGGAAACCUGGCCUUUUCCGUCACGCUCUUCACCAUCCUGGCUGUGGUGUGUGUGGUCACGCUGCUGUACCGGCGGCGGGCAACGGUGGCCGGCGGUGAGCUGGGCGGGCCGCGGACUUGCAAGUUGCUAACGUCGCUGCUCUUCGUCUCGCUGUGGCUGAUUUACAUCCUGCUGGCUUCACUUGAGGCCUACUGCCAUAUACCAUCGUUUUAAAUGGAAAGGAGAGGGGGAGGGAGAGAGACCCACUGCCAAUAUGAAGAGAGAGAGAGAGAGGGAGGGAGGGAAGGAGGAAUCUUAAAAGAUGAGGAAAGAUGGAAAGUGGAGUUGGACUGAUAUGGGCCAAUUCUGAUGUUUUUACGGAAUCAGCUGAUCUUCAAAUUUCCUUAUUUUUUACAAGCCCAAAAUACAAACAUUUUUUGGUUAAAUAUUUUUGUUUCUUUCUUAGAAAGAAUGAAAAACAUCCUGAAACACUAAAAGUCUCCAUUGACGUCCAAACUAAUUAUUUUCAUCAGCAUUACCAGCUCUUUCAGGCACGGAGGCCCAGCCAUCUAUCCAGCGAUGAAGUCUGUGAUACGUCAACCCUCUGAAUUGUGAAUCACGUAAAACAUUACUGACAAAAAUUUCAAUGCAGGUUUUAAAGAGCACUUUUAUGGAGUUGUUCAUCAGUAGUGGACAGUGUCAGUUCCAGUACACUGCCAAACCAGCAGGGAAGAAGACAGAGACCGCACAGAGAGCUGUUAGCUCUGACGGGAAAAAAUACAGCUGAGGAGGAAGGAUAAGGGUGAAAGAGAGAAAGGGGAGACGUUGAGGAUGAAAGCCGGAGGCAACAAAACUAAAGAGAAGAGAAAGUCUGUGGAAAGGUGACGGAGAGAGUAAAGAAAAUAAGACGGAAGAAGUAAACAAAGAAUAGAUGGGCCAAUAUAAACGACUCUCCCUCCUCACUUUCUCUUGCUUCUUCUGUCGUAACUGUAUCUCGUCGUUGCGGGAACGGUGGAUCCUUCCAUCAUACCCACUGAACUCUGUCUAGUACUAUCAGUGACUUAUGACUUUUAACCUCUCCUCUGCGAACUGAACACACACACACACACACCCACACACCCUUUGGAGCACUCAGCUGAAUCUGCAACAGAGGACCACGGGUGAGAUGACAACCGACAACCUUUUUUUUCUUCUUUCUUCCUUCUCUUCUUGAAUACACUGUGCGAAAUAGUCUUUCCAUCCCACAAGAUACACACACACACACACACACUGUACACUCUCUUCCCCAUAAACUGUACAGACUGUACACACUCCUCCGUCUCUCUCUCUAGCCUUACUCUUUCCUUCCCUGUAGGAAUCGUCUUAAAGUUGUGAUGAUGAAACGCCGUAGUCACCACCCACCAACCAUCUUUUUAAAUGGAGCCAAUCCCAAGCCCCUCUCCUUUUUACGCCAAUCAAGAGCCUCGUUUAUCCCGUGACGGAAACUUACCCGGCCUCCUUUUUUUUUUCCUCCUAAAAUUUUCAAUGGCGUCACGUGUUGAUGUUGUUACUGUGCAAUUGUAAAAAAAUGAAUAAAUACAUUUUAAAAAAAGGACAUAUAAACACAGAAUGGUGAGAUAAGGACGAGCAGAAAGAAAGUUGUCAAGAAGACCGGACAUGACUUGGAAGAUCAAGAUGUUGGAUUAGCAUCUGGAAGAAAUGUUUGAUAAGUGGAGUUAAAAAAAUCCUGUAGAACCAACGAGCAAGUGGUCUGCCUCGUAACAGCUUUUUUUCUUGCAAUGAAGAAGCAUUGUGAAGUACACUGUUUACACUCUAAAGGUCCAUUAAAGUACAGGGAUAUGUGAGCAACUGGUGCAAAGCAGGGAAUGAUGUAUAGACAUCAAUAAACUGGACGCAAAAAGGACCAAUCAGCAUGAAGGAUCUCGCUGGAUGUGACCUUGGCAACGGAUACCGAUGACAGCGUUUGAUGAUGACAAAUCAAACUAUGACCAUACGCAGUGUUCCUAAUUGUACAUGAUAAUAUAAGAAACAUUUAUUGAUGUGUGUGUGCGAAAACACUGAUAUUUAAUUUAUGUUAAGUCCCUCUCUUUGGAAGUAAAGCCCCCGGAGGAAGACGAGAAAGAUCCACACGCCCUUCUUCUCUGAAAUCACAGCUCAAGAAGACAUUUUAAGGGAAUCCGUCGCAGCGGCUGUAAGAUGGUGAACAUAAAACCGGAGAUGACUCACAGACAGAAAGAAGAGUGAAGCGCUCAGAGGGAAAAGUACGGCAGCUCUGAAAUAUCACAUGACUGUUCUGCAGUAGUUGUAACGUAGGGAUGUUUCUUUGUACUCUAGACAAAAUUUAAAAAAACACCAGUCUCUCCAGUCUCUGUUAUCCAAAGAUUUGAUAGAAGAACAUUGUCACAGAUCACUUCACAGUUAGAGAACCAUUCAUUUUCUGUGUGCAGAUUUACCUUGCAGACAUUUUGCAAGCUGCCAGUUGUAGUUCAGAAAAACAGGCCAAUUUAAAUUCACGAAGGUGUUCACACUACAGCUAAAUGUGCUUAACCAUAGGUAUUUUAACGGGUGUGAACCUGUUCCAGGAGCUGUGCUAUUUAUUUUGUUUUUGUCUGGUUUGUUGGUUCAGACAUAGUGUGUGAAAGUAAGAUAUCAAACUAGCUUAAAUUGAGAAUAUUAUGUCAUAUAUCAUAUGAAAUCUACUGUGUUGUCAUUGUGUGUCUGUCUGAGAAAGUGCCGAAGCCAAGAUUUACAUUAUGUUUGUGUUAAUACCCCUGCCAUGCCCAAGGGCAGGACUGAAGCUGGACAGAAGGGAUGGCAUAUGGCUUGUCAGUGCAGAUUAUCAUUAAAUGCAUUGUUAACAACAAGAGCAUAAAGGAAAAAAACUCAGUUGAGAGAAAAACCGAGCGGGUUUUCUCUCAACUGCCCACAAUGCUGAUUGUAAACUUCGAGGAAAAUCCUCCUAAGAGAAAACAAUAAUUUAGCUUUUUGUUAUACCGCUGUUCACUAAGAGAAGAAUGGGUCUGAAAACAACAAUUUACCUGCCCACCAUCCGCCUUGUUAAAUAUGGACAAAUUACCCUCUGUUUUCAGCCCAAUGUAAAUGCAGGCUUUACAAAGCCAGCUCAGUCGUGGCCAGGCUAAACAGACGCCAGCUUGUCCGACACAGCCUCGCCAAAGUCAGUGGGCGAUUUGGAGCAUGGGGGCAUCGAUUCAUGGGGGUAAUUGUAUUAACCCUGCCUCCCCCCACUCCCUCAAAUGUGACAUUUUAAAUGCCACACCAGUUCCCUUCACUUUCUGACAGCUAUAAAAGAAAGAAAGUGAAAUGUUCCAAACUUUUUUUUAAUUUUAUUCAAUUUUAUUUUAUUUUUCUGUAGAAAUCCAGUACAAGCAGCAGUGAAGCUUCUGCUUAACCAGCUGUUUUCCAGCAAGGCACAUCCCAGAUUCACUGAUAGAAGGAGUUUGGCCACCUGCCGUGAUGCUGUUGCCCUGUUUCAGAGGAAUAUUUCUUGGCUGCAAAUAUUUAACAUUGCUGUCUAGGAAUUAGACACAAUGGCGUGCCCAGAGUUUCCACCUGACAGAAGAGCUGGCCCUAAGCUCGUAGGGAUUUAGUGUAUUGGUCAAGGAUACUUAAGUAUGUUAGCUGCUUGCAUGGCCAUAGCCAGGAUUUUAAAAAUAUUGAGGUCAUGUCCAAGUCUCCCCUCUCAAUGCAGUUCCACGGUCUUCAUAAAAGUUUGACCAGACACCAAAAAGAAAGUUUGGAAAGUUAAUUGUGGGGUCGGGGUUGAGGGGGUUUUUGGCAAAUUAGCACCAUUAAAAGUAGUAAGAGUAGACAGCUCUUACUGGAUUACUGUGAUUCUGAAGAAAACUUUAAUUUUCAGGUUCUAGAGUUAUGAGGAGCAUCUUUUUUCUGACUUCUGAGUGGAUUUAUGAUCAUUUAUUCACAAGGGACAUGGACAUGAAGAUGUCCUUGUGACAUGAUGUUAGAAUUGAUAUCAUCUAGCUGAAACCGUCUGACUAAUACCCCAGACCCCUUCAUUGUCUGUGUUUCCUGAGUCAUUUCUGUAGUGCGCAGCAUCUUUGAACGUCGGAGUGAAGCCGACACGAUGGAGGUCAUCAGCCACGUGCCAGUUUUGACAUGAAUCGCACGUUGGCAUGGUUCCUGGCCUACUGAGACACCAGGACGGCUGCCGUGCCAAACUCUUUCACAAUGACUUAAGCCUCUGUAACAGUUGCCAGUUUAAGAAUGAGUGGGCAGGAUAAUAGUGCUGCUGACGCCACAGGAACACAAGAAUACUGGGACUGAUUUAGAAAUGUAGGUUUUUUAGAGGUUAAUAAGCCUUGCUGGGGGACAGCUGAGUGCGUGUCUGUGUGCGAGUCUCUUUGUGCGUGUGCAUGCUUUCUAAGUGAGUGAAGAAAUGCGACCAUAUUUUUAGUCUCUUGCCUGUUGCUUAGUGACCAUCUAUCUUCAAGCCGUUGUCUUCUUGACUGUCGCUGGAGUGUGUGAGACAUUGUGUGUGUGUGUAUCAUUCUCUUUUGCUGCUUCUUGCUUUGUGUGCUUGCCCUUUCCUCCAGUAAGUGUGACAAUAUUGUAUCUCAUUCAUUUUCUCUCUCUCUGCGGGUUGAUUUCAACAUAUGUUACUCAUCAUAUUUUUUCAGCAUGUGUUUCUUUUCCUCCUCGUGCCUCCCCUUGUUUGCAUGUGUAUCCAUUGUAUGCACAUUUACAUGCGUAUUUGUGCCUUUGUGCUUUUGAUGUGUGUGUGUGCGUCGGUUGGUGUUGUAAUCUCCUUAUAAGGGCUCGGCCCUGUGUUUCCCUGGCUGAGUCCCAUACGCUAGAUUAAUGAAUUAGAAAGCCAAAAUGUCUGGAAAUUGGAUUCUUUCCCAUGUGUGUGUGUGCGCGCGCGUGCGUGCGUGCGUGCGUGCGUGCGUGCGUGCGUGCGUGAGAUGAUUGUAGCUGGUACUCUUCCUCACCAGGUGUGUGUGUGUGCACCUGCCGAAUAAGAUUAGAUAUGUAAUAGAUCUGGCUGUCAAUUGAAACUGGGAAUAGCUGGUGGCACUUUGCUUGAGGAAGUGUGUGUGUGUGUGUGUGCAUGCGUGUGUGUGUGUGUGUAUACACAGUAUUUGACAAACUAUCAUUACUACAUUCCUGUCAUACACUACAUAUUAAGGCUGAUAAAUCCUCAUCCUCUGAUUGGCUGAUGGCUAUGUGCAGACAUAAGUGUUGAUUUAUCCACAUGUACUGUGCGUGCAUUGACAUAAAAAUCAAUCAUGUGAACUACACACACACACAUCCUGGCUGAGUGUGAAAGCUUAGGCAUGAAUCUCUUCAGUCUGUAAAUCAAAGAUUUGAGAACAGAUACUUUCCAGCGUGUAAAAUGACCACAGUGUCUGCAGUCUCUAAGUGUCAGUACCCGGUUUGCUCGCUUGCUUUGCUGUGCAUGUGUGUGUCUGGGCUGUUAACAGACAUUACUGUAAGUGAAUCUGACUUUGAGAAGGAGAGAUUACUGGUAAAAGUAUUUGUAUUCAGGUGAACCUGGAGGGUCAUUACUGUUAGUGCAGGUAGCUGCUGUCAUAUUUACACCAUCCUUUUCCAAAUGUCCAUGUUUCUGUGGCAUGUGUGAGUGCAAAGCUGUUUUGUCAUGUGGAGACCAGAGGUGUUCAAUGUUAAAUAAAUAAAUAAAUAAAUAAAAGGCAUUAUGAAAUAAAUAAUUUUUUUUUUCUAAUGUCACAUCAUAGAAACACAGGACUCAACCCUGCAAUUUUAUGUCAUGGUUUUAAUAUUCCAGCUUCAUUCUUGGAUUAUUUAACCGUCUCAUGGUUAUAGAAUAUAAUUUGUCUGUAUUUAUUCAUUACAGUUAUUUAUUUUAUAAUGUCUUAUUUAUUUCUUCAACAUUCAACACUUUGGUUCUCCUCGCAGUGUAGAGCCCCUCAGCAGGACAUGAUCACUCAGUGACGAGUUAACGUCUUCAGUGCUGUUGUUUGCUUUGGUAAAUGUUUGGAUUCGGAUGUAAUGAUGUCAUGAUUUGGAUGUAAUGAAUUCGAUCUCUGAACACACGUAAUACGAAGCAAAUUCACAAAGAACAAAUAUUGGCAUUUUUGUGCUUUGCCACAUUUCUGAUUUGAAAACUCUCUUUAUGUGUUUUUCUCUUUUGUUUGCUUUAAGGCCCCAGACCUGUGUUAACCUGCCUCUUUCCAUUGAUCAUGUUUUUUUCUACCAUUCUUUUCUCCUCUCUCGAUACUGUUUGAGCCACUCUGUUGCUCUCUAUCUUACAAAUAUUUAUCUAUUUUAUCACUUUAUAGUCACAAUUUUAUGAACAUAUCAUGCAGUCCUAUUUAUGAUAUCACAAAGUGCUUUUGAUAAAAGUAUCUGGUAUUUAAAUUUUUCCAUUUAUGUUAUUAUUGUUGUAUUGUUCUUUUGUUGCAUUUGUUUUCAUUGUCUUUUGUUGUUUUGGUUAUUUGUUUAGCCCUCAGAGAGUAGAACAGCAAAUUCCAGUAGUAACAAAUGAGUGUGCUCUUAUCCUUUAUACUGUGUGUGUGUGUAUGUGCGUGUGUGUGCGUGUGUGUGUGUAAGCGUGCAUUUCUUCAUUCCGUCCGUGAGUGUGUCGAUGCAUGAAUUUAACUCAUUCUGAAUACAGUGUUGAUGUUGGAAAUGUCGUAGUAAAGAGUAAAGUAUUUUUAAACGCUGAAAAUGACAUGACAUGAAAAACGAUAUAGAUGUUUACAAAGACCAAACUUUUCUUUUCUCUCUCUUCUUCUUCUUCUUCUUCUUUUUUUUUUCCUUGAAGAUGAAAUAACACUU